CUGCCUCAGCCCGGGCCGGAAGUGGGGGGCCGUGAGGCGGCCGGGCACUGCCAGGGCAUGGCUAUGGCGGGGCUGCGGGUGCUGCUGGUGCCCCUGGGCGAGGCGGGCUCGGGCCCGGGCCCGGGCCCCCCGCGGGACGCGGUGCGGGUCAAGCUCAGCUGGGGCCAGGACGCGCUGGGCAGCCUUCUCGCCUCGGGCGGGCUGCACCUCCGGGGGCUGGCACCGGGCAGAGCCGGCCGCGGCCACGGCAGCGCCGGGCCCGGAGCCUGCGCAGACUUUGUGUGGGAGGACACCGACCGUGAGGAUGGUCCCCCCGCAAACAAGUCCAAACUACUGGUUCGUAGUGAAAACCGUGCAUUACUUGUCUAUGAAUUCAGUACAGAGGAUGGCAACUCGGACACGACUGCCCUGUACAGCUGUAAGGAAGAUAUGCUUAAAAAGCUCCUUGAAAUUAAAAAUAUUUAUCUUUCUUCAAUAUCAUCUCUGAAGAUAUUAUUGUUUAAAAACAACACAUCGUUACUGCUUGUCAACAACUUUAUUCUUGUGUACCUUGCUUUUCCUGGAGAAAAUUCAGAAUUAGAGGCACGUGACUGCAUUACCCUUAAGUUGCCUUCUCAAGCCUUGGAAAGAGUAGCAGAUGCGGACCUAUGUAGAGGCAUUCUGUUUUUAUUAGAUAAUUCUGGCUGGAUAUAUGUAUUUGACACAGUUGAUGGUGCAUUAUUAGCAAACAUUAAUGUUGCACUCUACCAAAGGGAUGCUCAGGAUGAGAAAGCAGAGGAGACCACUGUAUCAUCUCUCAAGUCAGUAAAGGUGUCACCUGAUCUCAGCACUGCUGUGAUAAUCAAUUCUUCUCAUUAUGCCAUUGCUGUUGAUUUAAAUUUGUACUUCAGACAGUUUCCUGGGCAUCUACUUUGCAAGAGAUGUUUUGAAAGUCUCCCUGUUAAACAACUGGAGGGAAUUGAUGAAGAUGAGCUUGUUAGCUCUGACUAUAGUAUGCAAUUUGUGAAGUUUCCAUUCCGGACAGACAGGUCAUGGAAGGCACACUUAUUCUCGCUAUAUAACAUGUCAAAGAGACCAGAGUCUCCAAAUUUCAUAUCUAAUGUUAAUGUACCUUGGUACCAGUACUUUCCGCAUCUUGAACAUUAUGGUUCUAAAACAUACCAGACAUCAGAGGAGACUUUGGCUUCCAUUCCAGAAGACAUUGCCUGUGCCCUUUCCAAAUCAACGCAGAAGGAUUAUGCAAAUAAUGAUACAGGAAGACAGUGGAAAAAAAUCCAUAUGGAAGAAUUAGAAGAUAUAAUGAAACUUGAAUGUAAAUCUGUGACAGGAUUUAGUGCACUGUUUGCAUUGUCAGAGAGUACCAAAGGUUUGACUGUUGCUCUGUGGGAUUUAGAGAGUCAAGAUGUGAGACAUUAUCACCUUGGCAAAGACUGUGUUUAUGUGGAUUGUAGUGGAGAGGAGCAGUUAUGCCUCAUUCUGACAGGGCAUGGUCUCUCCUUGAUUCUGUUUGGUUUAACUCAAGAAGAGUUUUUGAACAGACUGAUAAUCUAUGGCAGUGCUGGAAUUGUAGAUUCCCUUUGUCAUCUCAAUGGGUGGGGAAGAUGUUCGAUUCCCAUCCAUGCAUUAGAGGCUGGUUUGGAGAACCGUCAGCUGGACACAGUGGACUUCUUUUUAAAAAGUAAAGAGAAUAUUUUCAGUCUCUCUACAACCUGCUCUGUGGCUGAGCAGUCUACCAAUAUCACAUCACAGUUUUACUUAAGAAGUGUGGAAGAACUCAGGCCUGCCUUGGACUUACUUUGCUCAUCCGUCAGAGAAAAUGAUAUGGAAGCUCAGAGCAAACACUUCUCUGAGCAACUGCUGAAUCUUACCUUGGCUUUCCUUAACAAGCAAAUCCGAGAAAUCUUUAUCCACACAGAAGAACUUGACAACUGCUUGCAGAAGUGCGUGGAUAUUUUAACCAGCUACAUUAUUGAACUGAGAACAUUUAUGAUCAAGUUUCCUCGAAGGCAGACCAAUAACAUAAGUUGUGAUCUUGGUGAAGAUAUGCCCCAAAUAGAACAGAGUCCAGCAUGGGAAAAACUGACUCCCGAGCAAGUAAUUGCUGAGGCCAUUUUAAACAACUUGAUACCAGAGGCUCAGACUUUUUUCCGAGUGCAUCACCAUCCUGCUCAGAGUCUUCAAGAGCUGAUUCGAAUAGGUUUGGAUCUGGUUUAUAGCUGUCUUCUGAAAGGCAAUAUUAAAGAGGCCUCAAAACUUUUAAUGAAUAUGGGUUUUGACGUGAAGGAGCAGUUGCAUAAGAUAUGUCUGCACACUAUUGAUAAAAAUAUACGGGAUUUGCUGGUGGGAGUACUGCAAGAAGAAAACUAUUUUUCUGAAAAAGAAAAGAAAAUGAUAGAUUUUGUUCAUCAGGUUGAAAGCUUUUAUUCAGGAUCCUUCCAGGAAAAUAGAGAGAGGCACUCUCUUUCCAGUUUUAGGAACUGGAGAAAGGAAGAAGAUCUCUCCAGUCACACAGCUGUUCUGAGCACAUUUUUAAAUUCUGACAAGCAUCGGAUUAACAACAAAGAUCACAGGGUUAUGUUAAACUGGGCUCAGUGGUGGGAUCCACUCACUCAAGAGAUGAUACUUCUUCCUAAAAAAUCACCGGAAGACUUCAAGUCCUGUGAUCCUGAAGUUCUUUGGAUGCACGUAACAGCCCAGCAUGAUUGGCUUAGCAUUUGCUCAUGGAUUGAAGAGUCACUUCCACACAACAGGCAGACUUUAUGUCAACAGGCUAACUGGCCUCCUCUGACACCAGAUAUCAUUGACCAGAACACGCUCUGCAGCAGCUACGUAAGGAAUGAAAUAUUAGACAAGCUGGCGAGAAAUGGAAUUUUUGUCCCAUCUGAACAAGAUGAUUUUGAACUCCUCCUCCUAAGAUUGACCCACACUGGAGGAAUAAUGCAAAAUCCACACCCUGUUCCAAAAUACAGUACUGCAAGUGGUUUGGACUUCCAUACCUGUUUCAUCCUUUACUGUUUAGAGCAUAGUCUGCAAUAUCUACUGUACACUUAUUUAGACUAUUACAGUUUAACUCCUUCGAAUUGCCCUAUUUUGGAUAACAAGGAACUGCAUGAAGCUCACCCCUGGUUUGAAUUUCUGGUGCAGUGUCGAGGGGUUGCCAGUAACCCAAGAGAUCCAAAGAUGAUUUUUCAGGCUAGUCUUGCAAAUGCUCAGAUCUUGAUUCCUAGUAAUCAAGCCAGCGUCAGCAGCAUGCUGCUGGAAGGUCGUACACUUUUAGCUCUUGCAACUACAAUGUAUGCACCUGGAGGUAUUGAUCAGGUUCUUCAGAAUGAAGAUGCUGAAAAGCCUCUGAAGAAGGUGGAUCCACAGCUCUUAAAAAUGGCACUGGCUCCUUACCCCAAACUUAGGGCUGCUCUGUUUCCCCAGUACACUUCUCAUGGAAUUCUUCCAUCAGAUAUCUCACUCUAUCAUCUUGUUCAGUCAUUAGCACCAUUUGAUCCCACCAAACUCUUUGGCUGGCAGUCAACAAAUACUCUUGCCAUUACAGACACCUCAAGUGACUUUCCUCAUUUCUCAUCUCCUGAACUGGUAAACAAGUAUGCUAUAAUGGAACGACUAGACUUUUCCUACUACUUGCACCAUGGACGGCCAUCGUUUGCUUUUGGCACUUUUUUAGUACAGCAGCUAGCAAAAAGCAAAUCCCCAAAGCAGUUGAUUCAGCAAGCAGGGAGUGAAGCUUAUGCUUUAGCCCUUUCUUUCUUUUACGUACCAUCCAUAGGGGCAGCCUGUGUCUGCUUUCUAGAAUUGCUCGGGCUUGAUAGCCUAAAACUCCGAGUUGAUAUUAAAGUUGCAAACCUAAUUUUGAGCUUCAAGAGUAAAAACGAAGAGUCUCAGCACAGCGCAAUAAGAGAAUCCUUGGUUGAAAAGUUGACAAAAUUGGCUGAUGGUGAAAGAACAGUAGGAGAAGAAAUGCUGACUUGUUUGGAAGAAGCUUUUUGGGAUACAAUUGAACAUCAAGGAAUAAAGAAGACAUCCAGUGACUCCAGAAGGCAGUGGUCUCUGGUGAUGCAGUUCUGUAAGCUCCAUAAUAUCAGACUGAGCACAUCUUAUCUAAAGGAAUGUGCUAAAUCCAAUGACUGGCUGCAGUUCAUUAUCCAAGCCCAGAUGUACAGUUACCGGCCAGAUGAGGUCAUUUGUAUCCUUCAAGAUUUCACUCCCAUUUUACAAGAUCACUUGAUGCUGGCCUUUGAGAGCUUAGAGCUCUCUCACCCUAGCCUAGGAAGUCAUCACAGUGACAGUACCAGACCAGUCCCAACCGAACAGAGGCAGAGGGGGCAUCCAGGUGAUCUCUUCCAGAUUCUCUUUUGGUGCCAAGAGAAGCCUAACCCCUCACGCUACCUUUUGAUGGAAGGAAUGAAGCACCAUGCCCCAUUCCUGAGUGUGUUAGCGGCGUGUUUUCAGGAGGCCGGUAUUAUUCAGUGUCUCUGUGUUUGGAUCAUUACCUCUGUGGAUAAUGCGACUGCUGCUGAAGCAACAAGCCACGUUCAAGGCUCUGUGGAAAAUCAUGAAUGGGAUCUUCAGGACCUUUCCAGUCUCUGGAAGAUGUUUUUAAGAAAGCGGAAAAGUAAAACUCUUCUGAGUGGUUUCUCUCUCUUUCUAAAGGAUUCCCCACUAUUGCAAAUGCUUGAAAUCUAUGAAUUAUGUAUGGGCUGUAAAAAGUACAGUGAAGCUAAAACCAAACUCUGCAACCUCCAGAUGAGUCUUGAAAAACUUAAAACUUCAGAUGAAAAGACGCCUUCAGUUAUACCUCUACCAUGGGUGGAGUCUCAAGCAUCAUUUCUUCUUGAAUUGAUGUUGCAGCAGUGUAGAACACAGUAUGAAUUAAGAAAACUGUUGCAGCUCUUUGCAGAUGCAAAUAAUCCGCUACCUGAUGGCCCAGAUGUGAAGAAAUUGUGUGUCCUUAGUCAGAUCUUGAAGGAUUCGUCCAUAUUUAUUAAUCGUGCCAUCCUAACCAACUACAACACAGAGACUUUUCAGAAUGAAUGCAGAUCAAUUUUAGAGCAGCUGCAAGAGGGAGGGAUGUUCUCACUGGCUAGGAAGGUAGCAGAAUUAGCAGAACUGCCUGUGGACAGCGUGGUUAUUCAAGAGGUACUUCGAGAUUUGCAUCUUCUCAAGCAGACUGGACAGUGGCAUCAAAAACAAACUAGAAUUGACUUCUGGAAAAAGUGUCACGAUAGUUUUACAAAAAAUUCAAUCUCCAACAAAGCUGCGUCUGACUUUUUUUCAGCUCAGGCAAACGUGGUGUUUGAAUCGUCAGCUGAUAAGAUAAACAGCAACAUAGAGAAACAUUUGCUGCUUACUUUGGCUGGCCACUGGUUAGCCCAGGAUGACUCGGUGCCACUGGAGAAGCUGGAAGAAAUGGAGAAGCAGAUCUGGCUUUGUCGCAUUGCACAUCAAACCUUAACUAGAGACAGUGGACUGGAGAAGUCGAGAUUGUCUUGCCAGGUUUCGAUGGGUAGUGAACUUUCCUUUGAGAACUUAGCCAAAGAGUUUUCCUUCUCUAAGCUAGCUACUCUGAACACACCAAAAUAUUUGCAGCUUGAUGGUCUUGUAUUCAAAGAUACACCUCCACAUGCACUGGAUAGGACUGAGGUGGAGUCACUUACUUUUCUGAUUGGACAUCUUCUGGAUGAAGGAAGCGUGCAUGAAGCCAGCCGCGUUUGCCACUAUUUUCACUUCUAUAACCAGGAUGUUUCUCUGGUAUUGCACUGCAGAGCAUUGGCUGCUGGUGAAGCCGACCGAAACAAUUUACACCCAGACAUUCAAGCUCUUCUUGUAGCAGAAGAGAGCUCAGAUGAAUUUGAGGCUCCACAGCCCAGAAGAUUACAAAGUACCUCAAGCUUAGAAAAUUGGUCAUUUGUUGUGGUCCCAUCUCCAGACGAUCAAGUUAUUCUCAAUCUGAAGACUAUAAUAGAUGAAUGCGUUCAUGGGAGAAACUACUGCAGACAAGUCCUCUGCUUGUAUGAACUUUCCAAGGAACUGAAUUGCUCGUACAAUGAACUAUCGGGCCAGGAUUCUGAAAAGGUGCUUCGAGCGAUCCUGUCAUCCCAGCAGCCUGACAGAUGCAAGAAGGCCCAGGUGUUCAUCACAACGCAGGGUCUCCCGGCCGAAACUGUGGCAGAACUUGUGGCUGAAGAAAUCACACAAGAAUUACUGGCAUCUUCUGAAGGAAAAGGGCAAAAGCAGCUUCUGAGCCCAGCAGAUGAGAGUCAGGCAUUCCUACAGUUGGCCAAGUUGUGCCAGGAUCGUACAUUGGUUGGCAUGAAAUUGCUGGAUAAAGUUUCAUCUGUGCCACGUGGGGAGCUAUCAUGCACUACAGAGCUGCUGAUUUUGGCCCAUAAUUGCUUUAGUCUGACGUGUCAUAUGGAAGGAAUUACUAGAGUCCUGCAGGCUGCUCGGCUUCUCACGGAUGAACACUUGGCGCCUAAUGAGGAGUACAGUCUUGUGGUCCGGCUCCUCACUGGCAUUGGCAGAUAUAAUGAAAUGACGUACAUAUUUGAUCUGCUGCAUGAGAAACAUUAUUUUGAAGUGCUGAUGAGAAAAAAAUUAGACCCGAGUGGAACUCUGAAGACAGCUCUGCUAGACUACAUAAAGCGUUGUCGCCCGGGGGACAGCGAAAAGCACAACAUGAUAGCCCUGUGCUUCAGCAUGUGUCGAGAAAUUGGAGAGAAUCAUGAAGCAGCUGCCUGUAUACAGCUGAAACUCAUUGAAUCUCAGCCUUGGGAAGAGUCUCUCCAAGAUGUGCCAAAUUUAAAGAAACUGUUGAUGAAAGCUCUGACUCUCUUUAUUGAUGCAGCAGAAAGUUAUUCCAAGGAUUCCUGUGUCCGCCAGUCCUUACGCUGCAACAGACUGACAAAAUUGAUAACUCUCCAGCUUCAUUUUCUGAACACUAAUCAGAGCACGAUGCUGAUCAACCUGAACCGACAGCGCCUCAUGGAUUGCAUCAUGUCCUUGCCCAGGUUCUACCAGGCUGCUAUCGUGGCUGAGGCUUAUGACUUUGUUCCAGACUGGGCUGAAGUUCUGUAUCAGCAAGUGAUUAUUAAAGGUGACUUCAAUUAUCUAGAAGAAUUCAAACAACAAAGGUUACUCAAAGCUAAUGUGUUUGAGGAGAUUGCUAAAAAGCUCAAACAGCACCAGCCUACUGAGGCUGCUCUGAAAAACCUGAAGAAAUUACUGACCUACUGCGAAGACAUCUAUCUGUACUACAGAUUGGCAUAUGAUAACAAGUUCUAUGAUGUGGUAAAUAUGCUUCUGAAGGAUGCCCAGACUGGCUGCUGUCUAAAUGACAUGCUGGCAAAUUAGACUCCAUGCUGAGAGAUGAAGAAUCUACCUGGCAGCAGUCCCAUGGCUUGUGCUGGUUACAUGAUUUCUUUAACAGACUAAUCAUGUCUGACUAACUUAUCUUUAGCUCACCUGUUUAAUUAACAGUUAUGUGGGAUAAGAUUGCAAUUUUGCUACAUGAGGGUUACCAGAAGAAUCUCAGCCUUGUUUUGAAUGUCCCUGAAGCUGUGUUCUCAAAACACCUGCUGGGCUUUUAAUUGCCAGUCAGUCCAAAAUGACCCGUUUGGCUAACACAGAUGUAGGGGGUUUGACUUGAGUGGGAACAGCAUCCAAGCCUCACGUGAAAAAAAUUCACAAAUGCUAAGAAGGGUUUGUCCUGUCGUAGAAUUGUUUGGAUGGUAUGCUUGAACUGAGCACACGAUCAAACAUUUAUAACUGCUUUUUAUUCAUGAUCAAAAUGACCUUUUCGGGCCCUGGAAUGCCAUCAAAACUCGCAGGGUUCAUGCUAGUCUCUUGGCUUGCUCCAAAACCUUCAAAGGACAUUCCUCCAUUGCUACACACAAGUGAGUUAACUUCAACCUGAUGUAAGGUCUGCAGCAGUGCUGUACCAUGGCCCACAGCAAGAAUGGACUGUUUAUAGUCCCAAUCAGAUCAGUAUUUACCAGGGAUAAGUGGUUGGUCCUGGGCACUCUAAGUAAUGAAACAAAAGAGAGUUUACUACAUUAAAGUGAAAUUUGUAUUUGUGCAGGCACAGUAUUGAACUCUAAUAAAUUUUCUAUUCCUAGUA